GAAAAACCAGCUUGUCGUCAGAGCUGGCAUCUCCAGUGACAUGCGUGAUGGGUCAAGAUGGGCGUCUUCCCAAAGAUGCUCCACCCUCAAAGAAUCAAAGUGAAAACGAAACCAAAACCUUCAACCGGGGUUUCAUCUCAAAGCUGAGCUUGCGGAGAACUCCAUCAAGAUCUGAGCGGAAAUCGAUGGAUGAGUCGAUCAUCUCCAGAGUCAGCAGGAGAGUUUCCUCAAAAUCUGAACGGAAAUCACUGGAAGAGUCGGUCAUCUCCAGAGUCAGCAGGAGGUUUUCACUGAGAAGCUUCAAAUUGAGAGAAGAAGUUGACCACGCCGGUAAAGAAAAUGGCAAAGUUCCGAAGAAGGAUGACGAACUUGGAGGAGAAGAUUGUGUUCACAAAGAGCCACUGUCUGUAAUGGAAAUGCAUGAACUUAUUCAAAAGAGGCAGCUUUUGAAGGCAUUCAAAAACAUCACGGCUUUGGAAACGGAGCUUCUGGCUGAAAGAGAUGCCAAGAAAUAUGAAGACAACCCCAAAGAAUACAAUGUGAAGGUCAAGGAUGUUACCUUGCUCUACGAUUCCAUUUCUAAGGAAAUCCAAUGUAUUGUGGAAGAAACACUGGAUCAGCCCAGGGAAGAUGUAUUAACCUCUCUGGUGGCUUUAAUUGAAGAGGAAGAAAAAACUCAUGCUGGGGCUGCCAACACCACCGUCCCUUCCGAGCCUGGGUCCCUCCUGGGGUUAGCCAGAAAUUGGAGAGAACUUUGGGGAAAAACAGUCACAGAAAGUGUGAAAGCCAGGGUGCUUAAGGUACCUAUUCCAUUAAAGGAGGAGCCAUCUUGGCUCUCUGUGCACUUAGGGUAUCUCAAAAACGUGAUAAGAGGAGAUUUGUUGACAAUCAAGCUUUGGGCGCAUCAGUGCUACCCACCGGAUUAUGAUGUGUGCAAUACGUACUUGAAGGCCUUCCACGGAGCCCUCUCCCCACACUUACAAAGCAUCCUGGAAGAAAAUAGCAGCCUGGAAUUCAAUGAAUACUAUGCGGUACUAGACUGGGUCACAAACGUAUACCACAGUGAAGAUUUCCUAGGACAUCCAGAUCUUAAACCAGAAAUGAAAACGGAAGACCUGCCCAACUUGUUAACUCCACAAGCUUUGGAUAAACUGAAAAAUGACUACAUUAAUUCUAUCAAGUUGAAAACCAAGAGCUGCUUUGAGAAUAUUCUGCUGCUGGAGACCAACGAAAAGUGGGAUUCAGAAGAAGAGCCGGAAGCUCUGCAAAGCCAAUAUCACUCAUCCCUGUCCUUUGAUAUUCAAACGAUCAUUGGACAACAUAUGAAGGCAUCUGGCAGCAUUUGCAAAAAGCUAGAGACUGCCGUUCUGGAAAACAGCUUAAAAGAAGUGAUUGAAUUCAUACCACGCUUUGGGAAAGCAUUUCUGGAAUGGGACAAAAUGAAAGAUCACCCCCAGUCUGUGCCGUUUAUGGUGGCCUACAUUAACAGCUUCCAUGACUUAAGGAUAGGUUUACGAGAAAAUCUUAACGUCAGCUGUAAAGAACUGGAGAAGACCGUGGCUAAUGAGACGCUGAGAUGGAGGAAAUAUUUUUUAAAUAAAUUAAGGCUGAACACAAAGCCAAUGUUUAAGAAGAUUCUAAGCCAAGCGUGGAUUUUAAAUGGUGGAACUCUCGACUCGCUCAUCAUGAAAAUAUUGUUAGACAUUGAGAAUUUUUCUAAUCACCUAAUACAUCUGAAGAAGCCCAUUUGCACGGAUUUUCUAAAUGAAGUCCAUAAGUAUGUGGUCAAGGAAUACAUCACGCAAACCCUCAAAUCGAAAUACAAAAUUAAAAGUAGAAAACGGAAAGAGAUCAGCAAAAUAAUGACUCAAGAAGCCACCGCUAUAAGCAAUACUAUGCGACAUCUGGGUUCAACUUCUGACUGGCUCUUUCCUGCCAUUCCACACAUUGCUGACAUAAUCGGUGAGAAGAAGAAAAGCAGAAUCAAAGACUAUAUUGAUAAGUUGACUUCAGACUAUCCAGACAUCAGAAAGGAACAUAUUUUAGCUGUCCUUGCGCUCCGAGGAUUAUCGCGGAAAAGGAGAAACUCCAUCGCUCACCAUGUGGACCAGCCAUCAGAAGAAUUAGACUCUGGAUCUCACCAAACACUCUUUGCUGAAAUUGAGCUUGGAAACACCAUCCUGUGCUUUUAAAAAUCUGCAGCUAUGAAAUGCAGAGCUAAGUUUUAGGAUUUUUUAAAAAAAAUUGAGGUUUUAAAAUUAUUUUUUUAAAAUGACAUUUUUAAAAGAUAAA